AUCGUUCCCCCGACUCCCCCAGAAAGAGUGCGGCACGAGGGAGAAGCACGAAAUGGAGGACAUGGACGAGGCGAUGCGUGCUCAGUUCCCGCUCUCCUUCGGGAAGCCCUCCAAGCCCCAACCCCAUACCUCUGGCGCCCACUCCGCCACGCGCCGGAGCACCUCUUCCGCUAACCCCGCCGCCUCCUUCCCGAACCCUAACCCUGACUCUCGGCCCGACCACGGCCCCCGCAGAGAGGUUUUCGAGCCUGGAAGAGCUGGUUCAAGCCGCGCCGCCGAUGAGUCCAGGGUUUCGGCGGAGGACGAGGAUGACGGCACCAUGAUCGGGCCUCCGCCGCCGCCGCCGCCGCCGAUGGCAGCGGGGUCGGAGGAGGGGGAUGACGGGUUGAUAAUCGGGCCACCGCGGCCUCCACCGUCGUCCUCGGAGCAAAAUGAUUCGGAUGAUGAGUCGGAGUCGUCCGAAUUGGAUGGCGAUAUGGAGGAUUUGCCUCGGAUUCCCCUCAGUAACGAGAUCGUCCUCAAAGGGCAUACUAAGGUUGUCUCAGCUCUUGCUGUUGAUCAUUCAGGAUCAAGAGUCCUCACUGGUAGCUAUGAUUAUACCGUCCGCAUGUAUGACUUCCAAGGAAUGAAUUCCAAGUUGCAAUCUUUCAGACAACUGGAGCCAUUUGAGGGACAUCAAGUCCGAAGUUUAAGUUGGAGUCCAACCUCAGAUCGUUUUUUGUGUGUAACAGGUUCUGCACAGGCUAAGAUCUAUGACCGAGAUGGGCUUACCUUGGGUGAGUUUAUAAAGGGAGACAUGUAUAUACGUGACUUGAAGAACACCAAGGGGCAUAUAUCAGGAUUGACUGGUGGAGAAUGGAACCCAAAAUCAAAGGAGACUAUUUUGACUUCUUCAGAAGAUGGAUCCUUGCGUAUUUGGGAUGUUGCCGACUUCAAAAGUCAAAAGCAGGUGAUAAAACCCAAACUUGCCAGACCAUUAAGAAUUCCAGUUACUGCAUGUGCUUGGGAUCAUGAUGGUAAACGAAUUGUUGGUGGCAUUGGCGAUGGAUCAAUACAGCUAUGGAGCAUAAAGCCAGGAUGGGGAAGCAGACCAGAUAUUCAUGUUGGCGAUGCGCAUAGUGAUGAUAUUACUGGGCUUAAGUUUUCCACGGAUGGGCUGGUACUUCUGUCGAGAAGCAUGGAUAGUACACUGAAGAUAUGGGAUCUGCGCCAAAUGCGAACACCUAUUAAAGUAUUUGCAGAUCUUCCAAACCAUUAUGCUCAGACAAAUGCUGCAUUUAGUCCUGAUGAGCAAUUAAUUUUCACUGGAACAUCUGUUGAAAAAGAAGGCUCAUCUGGCGGUUUACUGUUCUUUUUUGACCGAAGGAAACUAGAGCCUGUAUCACAGGUGGGGAUAUCUGCAACAUACAGUGUUAUACGUUGUACUUGGCAUCCGAAGAUCAACCAGGUUUUUGCAACAGUGGGGGACAAGAAAGAGGGUGGAACACAUAUACUGUAUGAUUCAUCUGUAAGUCAGAGAGGAGCACUUGUAUGUGUUGGACGAGCUCCAAGGAAAAAGUCUGUUGAUGAUUUCGAGGUGCAGCCAGUUAUUCACAACCCACAUGCGUUACCAUUAUUUAGAGAUGCUCCCAGCCGCAAACGUCUAAGAGAAAAAGCAUUAAAAGAUCCCAUGAAGUCACACAAGCCUGAACUUCCUGUCACUGGUCCAGGAUUUGGUGGAAGAGUUGGAGUGACCAAAGGCAGUUUGUUGACUCAGUACCUUUUGAAGCAAGGUGGUUUAAUCAAAGAAACCUGGAUGGAUGAAGAUCCAAGAGAGGCAAUACUUAAAUAUGCUGAUGCUGCUGCAAAGGAUCCUAAAUUCAUUGCCCCUGCAUAUGCAGAAACUCAACCAGAGCCUGUUUUUGCAAAGUCAGAUUCCGAGGAAGAGAAAUGAGAGUUCUUCAGGACGGAAACUUGCUUGCCUGAUGUGGAGACUAAUAGAACGGCAACUCCGGAAAAAAGAAAAAAAAUUGUCGGAUUUGUUGAUGAACAUCACGUCGAUUUGUUCCAAGAAUGGAGUUGAGCGAUGAAUUUGGUUUUGUAUCUUGUAAUGUUAUAUUAAAAAGUUAUAAAAAGGUAAACCAGCAAUAGAAGUUGCGGUCUAAGAGAUUUACAUUA